AUGGCUUCAGCUAGCGGCUCAAAGGAUUAUCCCCAAAGAUUGUACCCGGAAGGCAAAUCUCUUUUGCUGAAGAAGAGUUGUCAUCAUAACUGCAAGCUUCAUGAGUUCAUCAUGAUGAUCAGGGAUCACCUUGGGGAAGAAAUUUACAACGACAUCAUGAAUAAUUCUCAAGUUGGCGUGCUACUGAAGCUUGCAUUGACUUCGUUCAUAUGGAGUGCUAAGAAGGUUCAGUAUUUUGUGAGCAACCAACUGAAGGUGGAUAGGAAUCAUGAGUUAUGGACUCUUAUUGGAGGUCGCCCGGUUAGAUUUUCACUCUUAGAGUAUGCUGAAAUCACGGGGCUAAACUGUGACCCAAUUGAUCCCAAUGACAAGUUGGAAAUAGAUCACACCGAAUUUUGGGCCGAGAUUGGAGUGAGAGGUGGGGAAGGCCCUAAUUGGAAUGAGUUAGAAGCUCGGAUGAAAACUUGCCAAGCAUGGACUUAUGAGAAGAAGAAGAUGUUGGCGUUGCUUUUCAUUUUGCAUGUUGGCGUAUUGGGACUUCACCGCAACAGUCGAAUCCCGUUGGCUUUAGCCAAAACAGUUAUGGAUGAAGCAGCUUUCGAGAGACAGCCGUGGGGUCGUUAUGGAUUCCAUGAACUAAUUUAUUCCAUCAAGAUUGCUAACUUGGGGGGAGCACGAUACACUCUCCACGGAUGUGUACAGGCAAUGCUUGUUUGGGGUUAUGAGUGCAUCCCUAUAUUGGCUGAGAGAGCAGGGAAAAUACGCCCCGAUGUAGAUGACUCGGUUGUUCCUCUUCUUAGGUGGACUUCAUCACGGUGUCGUUAUGUUUUCGAGACUCUUUUGGAGAUGGAUAAGAGUGAAACCGAGGACCACAAGGUUCGGGUUAGACAUCUAAUGGUGGUGAAGCCCUUGGAGGAAAUAUAUCCUGUCUGGGAAGGAGAACCCCGACGUGGCGAUGCAACAGGUGGCGCUGCAACAGUUCAGACGCCGAAACAGUCGAAGAGGAAGUUGGAAACUCCACGCGUGGAGAAGAAAAAGAAAGAGAAGGUGAAAGAGGCUGAAGCAACGGAUUCAACUCCGAGAAGCAAAAGGAGAAGGGAAAGAGAGGCAAGGAAAGAAGAGACGAAGCACGAAAACAAGGAGAAAAAGAAACUUAAGAAGGAGGAUGAGGAAGAAAGGUUGUUUCUCGGCUAUCGGCGGCUGUAUGCCUAA